AUGCGGGUCCAGGCAGAAGGUCCAAAGGCUGGGGACUCGCCAGGAAGGCAGCGAGCUGGGAGGGCCGUUUCCUUGCCAGAGACUAGCGGAGCACUGCCCUUGGGAAGGAGUGCCCCCAGGAGGCCUCACAACCUCGUGCUGGAGGCAAGAGUGGUCAUGCUCAGCUCCAGCAUGACCGUCAGUGGCCCAGCUGCAGACCUUGGUGCUAAAGAGGCCGGCAGGCCCUUGAAGAAGCAGCCUGGUAGUGUCCGGAACCCUGGGCCAUCCGCCCAUACCAGAGGUCAACCCCAGCCUCUCAGCAUAAAGGACAAGAUAUCCAAGUGGGAAGGCAAGCAGGAGCCGCCUGCUUCUGAGCCUGCCAGGCAAGCAGAUGGCCAGGAGAACCACCCGCCACCCUGCAGCAGGCUGGAGAGGAGGGACAGUGAGGCCACCAGAACUAAGAACGAGAUGAGGCUUGAAACCCAGAGCUUGGAAAGUGACAGCAGAGGGACAGGAAGAACUGUGGGUCAGGAUGCAGAACGGUGGCCAGGCCUGAGGCAGACCGAUGCACAGCCGGAGCCCAGCCAGCACCGAGGGCGCGAGCCAAAACCCAGUGCCCUACGCUUUCAGAGUGACCAUCUCUCCGUACUGGGCCAGGUCAAGAGACUGGAGAAGGCCUUGAGGGAUGGCUCCGCUGGCUUGCAGCCCCAGUUGCCGGGCACUUGUUAUUCCCCACACUGUCUGCCUGACAAGACAGAGGAAGACCAACUCAUUCCCGGGAACCAUGAAAGUGAGGGUGCCUUAGCAGCUGGCCGAAGGGCCCACCACUUGGAGCUCAGGGAGCCCAGCCCUGAGGUUUCAGAGGAGUGGAAAGGCCAGGAGAGUGUAUACAGGGGCUCCAGGUGUAACCCCCCAAAGCCUUUCAUCAACCCCCUCCCCAAACCCCGAAGAACAUUCAAACAUGCCGAAGAAGGGGACAGGGACGCAGGCCCAGGCAUCAGCUUCAGGAAGGAGCAGAGAAACCUGCCCCCACUGCCCUCUCUGCCUCCCCCUCCCCCACCGCUGCCCUCCUCCCCCCCUCCCACUUCUGUGAAUAGAAGACUGUGGACUGGAAGGCAGAGACCCAGUGCAGACCACAGAAAGUCCUAUGAGUUUGAAGACUUACUACAGUCUUCAUGUGAGAACAGCAGGGUGGACUGGUACGCACAGACCAAAUUGGGACUCGCUCGCACUUUAUCGGAGGAGAACGUUUACGAAGACAUUCUAGAUCCACCAAUGAAGGAAAAUCCUUAUGAGGAUGUGGAGUUACACGGCCGCUGCCUGGGCAAGAAGUGUGUCUUGACUUUCCCUGGAUCUCCCACCUCCUCCAUCCCAGACACGUCCACCAAGCAGUCCUUGCCCAAGUCUGCGUUUUCCCGGCAAAAUUCAGAGAGAAGAAACUUCAAACUGCUGGACACGAGGAAGCUGAGUCGGGAUGGAACUGGGUCCCCUCUGAGAACCAGCCCCCCCUCUACACCCAGCAGCCCGGAUGACACUUUCUUUAACCUCGGAGACCUGCAGAAUGGCAGAAAGAAGAAAAAGAUCCCCAGGCUGGUAUUGAGGAUCAAUGCCAUUUAUGAGGCCCGGAGAGGAAAGAAACGGGUGAAGAGGCUAUCCCAGUCCACGGAGAGCAACUCAGGAAAAGUGACAGAUGAGAACAGCGAGUCCGACAGCGAUACUGAGGAGAAGCUGAAAGCUCACAGCCAGCGCCUGGUCAAUGUGAAGUCACGCCUGAAGCAGGCCCCUCGGUACUCGUCGCUUGACCGGGACCUCAUUGAGUACCAGGAGAGGCAGCUCUUCGAGUACUUUGUGGUCGUGUCUCUGCACAAGAAGCAGGCAGGAGCUGCCUAUGUGCCAGAACUCACCCAGCAGUUUCCUCUGAAGUUAGAAAAGUCAUUCAAGUUCAUGAGAGAGGCUGAGGACCAGCUGAAAGCCAUUCCCCAGUUCUGCUUCCCUGAUGCCAAGGACUGGGCUCCCGUCCAGGACUUUACCAGUGAAACAUUCUCGUUUGUCUUAACUGGAGAAGACGGGAGCAGACGGUUCGGUUACUGCCGAAGACUGCUGCCCGGAGGCAAAGGGAAGCGGCUUCCUGAAGUUUAUUGCAUUGUGAGCCGCCUGGGAUGCUUCAACCUCUUUUCAAAGAUCUUGGAUGAGGUGGAAAAGAGAAGAGGCAUCUCCCCUGCUCUGGUGCAGCCCCUCAUGAGGAGCGUCAUGGAAGCCCCUUUCCCAGCUCUGGGCAAAACCGUCACUGUCAAGAACUUCCUGCCAGGCUCAGGGACUGAGGUGAUUGAGCUGUGCCGCCCGCUGGACUCCCGGCUGGAGCACGUGGACUUUGAGUCUCUGUUCUCCUCCCUCAGCGUCCGACACUUGGUCAGUGUUUUUGCUUCCCUGCUUCUGGAAAGAAGGGUCAUCUUCAUCGCAGACAAACUCAGCACGCUGUCCAAGUGCUGCCACGCGAUGGUGGCCCUCAUCUACCCUUUCAGCUGGCAGCACACCUACAUCCCGGUGUUACCGCCUGCCAUGAUUGAUAUAGUGUGCUCGCCCACGCCCUUCCUCAUCGGCCUGCUCUCCAGCUCACUGCCGCUGCUCAGGGAGCUGCCGCUGGAAGAGGUUCUUGUGGUCGAUCUCAUCAAUGAUCGGUUCCUCAGACAGAUGGAAGACGAGGACUCCAUCCUGCCCCGGAAGCUGCAGGUAGCCCUGGAACAUAUUCUGGAACAGAGGAAUGCCCUAGCCUGUGACCAGGAUGGAGGCCUGAUGGACUGUGUGCAUGGCCCUGAGUGCAGCCCCUUGAACGAGGUGGUGUCCGAAGCCUUCGUCCGCUUCUUCGUGGAGAUCGUGGGCCACUACUCCUUGUUCCUGACGUCGGGCGAGGAGAGGAGCCUGCAGCGGGAGGCCUUCAGAAAAGCUGUCUCCUCUAAGAGCCUACGACGCUUCCUGGAGGUCUUCAUGGAGACCCAGACUUUCCGUGGCUUCAUCCAGGAGCGGGAACUCCGCAGGCAGGGUGCCAAAGGCCUGUUUGAAAUCCGAGCGCAGGAGUACUUGGAAACCUUGCCCAUCGGAGAGCAUAGUGGCGUCAAUAAGUUCCUCAAGGGACUGGGCAAUAAGAUGAAAUUUCUCCACAAGAAAUAGCCCUCAUCUUCUUGGCUCAAGGAAAAACAUUCUCCCAGAGUGCUGAGGCUGUGGGCUGAGAGCUGUCCACAGCGCCCGACUCAUUCCAGGACGGAGCCUGUGAGCU